AUGGCGUCGACACGGCCAAUGCAGCACAUCGAGCGCGAGGACCUCUACACGAACCUCGAGCAGCGCAUCCUCUACCUGCACUCCUUUCUUGACUUUUCCAGCCGCGACAUCGAGGCGCUCAUCACGGGAGCCAAGUACGUCAAGGCGCUGAUACCGGCCAUCGUCAACAUCGUGUACAAGAAGCUGCUGCAGUACGACAUCACGGCGCGGGCUUUCACGACGCGCAGCACGUCGUUUGAGGGCCCUGUCGACGAGGUGCCCGACGAGAACAGCCCGCAGAUCCUGCACCGCAAGAUGUUCCUGCGUGCGUACCUGGCCAAGCUGUGCUCGGACCCGAGCAAGAUGGAGUUUUGGGAGUACCUGGACAAGGUUGGGAUGAUGCACGUUGGCCUCGGGAGGAGGCACCCCCUGCACAUCGAGUACGUCCACCUGGGCGCCUGUCUGGGCUUCAUCCAGGACAUCAUGACCGAGGCCAUCCUGUCGCACCCGCGGAUGCACCUGUCGCGCAAGACAGCACUGGUCAAGGCCCUCAACAAGGUCAUCUGGAUCCAGAACGACCUCAUGGCCAAGUGGCACGUCCGCGACGGGGUCGAGUUCGAGGCGGUGGGCGGCGCCUCGGACAUCGAGGUGGAGCGCGAGGGGUACUUGCACGGCAAGAAGAUAUUGGGCGGCAGCGGCAGCGACGAGGACGACGAGGCGAACGAAGAGAAGCAGCAGCAGCAGCGACAGCAGGGAGAGGAGGGCGAGAGGGCGAAGAACGCCAGCGGCGGCGUCGGGGCGCGGGAGGCGAGCGCACCCGAGGGCGUCUGUCCGUUUACGGGCCUGGGGGCCUCCUCGUCGUCGGUGGCGGCGCCGGCGGACAGGGAGACCAAGAGAGGCGAGGAAGAGGCGGCGGCAGCUGGGCCAGUGACGGCGUAG